AACAUGUAGGCACCCUAUCUGCGACCAUUUCCUGACGCCGUCCUCGCUGAGAUUAUGAAGCUCUUUGGCCGUUCUCCAGACGUUUGAAGGUCAUCUUUUUUUAUAUUCGGACAUCUCUCACUGCGUUUUCCAAGGCUAACUAACUUCGCCUCCGAGCGGUGUUUUCGCUUUUUUGACCUCGACGCUGUAACGUGGGUGGGAUCAUUUGCGAACAGAGACGAGGGAGAUAGUUUGGGUCCUCUUGCGGUUCGAGUGAUGCUUCACUUUUUAAGGAUGCCGGCAGCGAUUUUGCCUUGGCUGCUGGCAUCUGUCGCGGCAGCAGCGGUUGUGAUACCAUCGCCACCAACGAUAAUCAAGCACCCCAAGAAGGAACAGCUCUUCCAGGUGCCGGUGUCCCCAGACGAGGCGGUCAGCCCCUUUGUGCUAGAAUGCGAGGCCGUAGGAGACCCGGAGCCGACGUACCAGUGGACCAAAAACGGCAAUGAGUUCAACCCGGUUGCGCACGACACGCGCGUCUCGCAGCAGCCCAACAGGGGCACGCUCGUCUUCACCGAGCCCGAGGAGAUGGACGAGGGGCUCUACCAGUGCUGGGCCACAAACAUCCACGGCACGGCCGUGUCCUACGCGAGCAUCGUGCGCAAGUCAGAGCUGAACCCGUUCCCGGAAGAGAGCCCCAGGGUGGUGAGUGUGGUGGAAGGAGAUCCACUAUCGCUGGACUGCAACGCUCCGAUCGGGUACCCCAGGCCUAACGUCAACUGGCUCAUUCUGAGCGACAACGGUGCCCUGCGCGUGUUGAACUCUUCACGCAUCACGUCCGACCCCGAAGGAGGCCUGCACUUCUCCAGGGUGGAGCGAGAGGAUGCCCUGGAGGAUGCGGUGUACGUCUGCACCGCAACCUCGGUCUUCCUGCAUCAGUACAAGAUCGGGAACAAGGUUCGGCUACGGGUGGAGCAGGUGUCGAGCCCGUCAAGUACAGAGCACGCCCCCGUAAGGCAGUACCUGUCACCAAACAACUUGGUCGCACUCGAAGGACAGGAGCUCAAGCUGUACUGCAUCUUCGGAGGAUCGCCCCAGCCAGUGAUCACUUGGAGGAAGCUCGACACGAAUCUGGGAUCUUCGGACUUCACCACUGCCAACUACGGCAGAAACUUUGUGACCAGCUUCCUCGAACUCAAAGACGAAGGAACGUACGAGUGCAAGGCACACAACGGUGUGGGCAUGGUUCAAUCCCAUGCCAUCAACGUCACGGUGGAGUCUGCUCCCUAUUGGCUACGCUCGCCAGAGAACACCAACGCCGCCGAGGACGAGAGCGUCUCCUUGGAGUGCACGGCCUCUGGCAGACCGGAGCCGAAGCUGCAGUGGUUCAUCAAUGGCGUUCCCCUUCAGAAUGCGGAACCGAACCCCCGCCGUAAGGUGGAAGGUUCACGAAUGACCAUAGAAGGGCUGACCAAGCAAGACACGGCUGUGUACCAAUGCAACGCUUCCAACACUCACGGCUACGCCUUUAAGAACUUCUACCUCAACGUCCUCGCGCUGGCCCCGAGCAUCGCGGGGGCGCCCCAGCACACUACUCACGCGGCGGAGUCGUCGAUUGUGAAACUUCGCUGCCCUGUGUUCGGGGCCCCGCGCCCCGAGGUCAAGUGGUUCAAGGAAGGGCAGGAGCUGAUCGGAGGCCGCUAUAGGGUGUUGGACAACGGGGACCUCCAGCUCCACGACCUGAGGGUCAGCGACCAGGGCUCUUACACCUGCUACGCCAGGAACAAGUUGGGGGAAGCUUCGAUUACAGAAGUCCUUCAGGUCACGGCCCCAGUUCCUACUGUCCAAGACCCAAAUACCUUCUUGGACACCGUCCUGAACGAGAAGUUACCACUCCUCAUCAGAGAUUCACCCACACUCUUCCCAGUUGUCCGAAUCCCAGAUUUCAAUUUUGUGGUUGCCAAAAACGCCUUGACGAACCACGACCUCUACGCUAACCUCACGGAGGGAGCGAUUCAUGGUCUUGACACUGCAGCAAAGCGAAUGGGAGACUGCCUAGCGCCGGCGGACAAGGACGUCGUCCCAACCGUCUCGUGCACCCUGGACCUCGAUGGCAUCAACGCCACGUUCCUCGCAUUCACAAAAGGAGACAAUUUGUGGUCAUCUCUGAAAGAAAUCUGGGUUCACGUUGCCGUCGUUGAUUUCGUCGCUCGGUUCGAGGCGACCGGUUUUGGCGAACGAGAGACCCAGCUCCCGUCUUUGGAGGUGCUGCAGAUCCACUUCAACACCACCUACAACAACGACCUCAGUCUCAACACCGAGCGCCAGAUGCAGUUUAAGAACCACAUCGAAGACAAGGUCAAGGAGACACUUCAAGAAAAGCUCUAUGGCGAAUACAAAUCUCAACUGAGUAGAGCUCUGAGUCACAGCUUUUCUUGACAUAUAAGUAUGUUUCAUGGUUUUGUUUUGAAUAAAUAAUUGAAACAAUAAAACGCUAAAACUCAGAAA